CCUCAGAAAACGCCAUAUUGUUUCCGUCAACUUGGAAAGUUAUUGUGGUAGGGAGGUGUUUCUUUCCUUAUCGUUAGUAUUUUGUUUUAGAAUAGUUUUUUUUUAACAAUGAGUCAAGACGUUCCAGAAGAGUUUCGUCCUAGACUUUGCCAUGUUGUAAAAUGGCCAGAAUUCCAGGGCUAUGGUUUUAAUCUUCACGCUGAAAAAGGGAAAGCUGGGCAGUUUAUCGGAAAAGUUGACGAAAACUCUCCAGCUGAAAAAGCAGGGCUCAAGGAAGGUGACCGAAUCGUUGAAGUAAACGGUAUAAACAUUGGAAAUGAAAAUCAUCAGCAAGUUGUUACAAGAAUUAAAUCUGGUGGAGAGGAGACAACUCUCUUGGUGGUUGAUACUGCAUCUGACAAUUGGUACAAGGAACAGAAAAAAGUUGUAAGAGGAGACUUGCCAGAAGUUCGAAAAUUAACUGCACAGCGAGAACACAAUCACAAAAAAGAAGAAGACUCCAAUUCUAACCAAGAAAAUGAUGACCCUAUUGCUUUCUCUGCUUCAAAACCAACCUUCUACAGUAAUGGUGAUGAGGACAGUUCAUACAAACCUCGAUACUGUCAUCUGAAAAUAUGGCCACAUUUCCAGGGCUAUGGGUUUAAUCUUCAUGCAGAAAAAGACAAGCCUGGCCAGUACAUUGGUCUGGUUGACGACAACUCUCCUGCCAGCUCGGCCGGGUUACGUGUCAAUGACCGCAUCAUUGAGGUGAAUGGGGUGAAUGUUGAGAAAGAGACCCACACGGAUGUCAUAGCCAGAAUUAAGGCUGUCCCUGGUGAAACUAAGCUGUUAGUUGUGGACCGGGAGACAGAUAAGCACUACAAGGAGAAGGGGGUUACCGUUACAUCAAGUAUGGCUCAGACUGAACAUCUAACAUCUACUGAUCAUUCAGGACAUGGCAGUAAUGGUGUCAAAGCGCAUGUACCAGUAGUAGUACCUGAACCAGAGCCUGAGUUUACAGUGGCACCAAAAGAGAAGGUGCACAAAGAACCUGCACCAGCUACCAAGGCUGAUGGCCUAGAGCUAAACCUAUCAGUAGCAGAGAUGAAGGAAAGGAUCAAGUCCAAGAAAAAACAAGACCCACGUAUGAACAAGUUAUCUUUUGAAGAGAAAUACAAGGAGUUCCAGCGAAUGUAAACACCCAUAAAAGGUUUUCACAAGAAAUUUGACACCCACAGAGUGAAAAUGUAUGCUGUUUAUCUUGUAUUAGAAUGCACAUAUAAAGAGAAGGUAGCUAUGUAUUUUGUGCAUAAUAGUGGCAACGUUAAAACGAAAACUGGGUAAUGGUUGUGAAAAAUUUAACAGUGUUAAAAUAUUUAUUAUUUUAAAUUUAACUUUUUUGGGGUAGGCCUAUAUAGAUCUAGUUGUUAGAUUUUUUUCAAUAGUAGCCAUUGUAUUUUUUUUACAGAACUCACAAUGGUAAUGUUCUAAUCAUUAUGGCAGUAUUUGUUUAAUUUAAAGUUAUUUUAUUUUCUUCCAUAUUAUUUGAGUGUUAAUUUCAAAUUUGAUUACGACUAUUUCUUAAAAUAAUAAAAAAAAAUUGAGCUUAAUUAAAAAUAAAUGGAAUAGUUUUAAAGGGGUGGGUAGGGGUUUAUACUGUCCCUUUGUACUGCUGAAUCUAUGAGGUUCCUUUUAUUUAAAGAGUUUUUCUUUAGAUGAAGCGCUUUCUGAAAAAAAAAACAUUAUUUUACAUUAUCAUUUGUAAGCUGCUGUAGUUACUGUACAUCCCUCAUUCAUACUUCAUCAUUAUCUAAGUAGGUAAAAUUUGUUACAUUCAUUUUUCAUAUCUAAAGAUUUACAAUUGUUUAUAACUCAUUAUUAAAUGAUAUAUUUGUUAUUGUAUUGGUCUAGUUAACCAUAAUUUUUGGGUGUAGUUUUGAUGAAUGGCAGAAAUAGAUUAAACUAUGAGCAGCAUAAUAUAAAUGGACAGCUAUUCAAGUGAGGGACAUAAGUAUAUAUAAGCAUUGCUGUGGUGAGUUUUGCUUGUAGUCAUCUAGUUUUUUCAACCCGUUAGUGGAUUUUUGUUUACUUACUGGAGCAGUGUACCCAAGAUUUAUUUUAAAAUCAGUUUAUCAUGUUAGUAAUGUAAAUUCAGCCUCUUUAUUAGCAUCAGGAUUACAUGCAAUUGCUGUGUUAGAAGAAUCUUGUAGAAAACAUGGAUUUGACUAAAACUUUACCUGUUUCAGCAUUAACUGACUUUGAAAUCACCACCAAGUACAAUAAAACAUAGAUUUGCGGUAAACAAUUAUUUUUCAAGGUGUACUUUUUAAUAAGUUAAAGGCUGUUUGCAUGAAAGUGAUUUGGUCCUUCAGAUUCCUAGAAAUGUAGAAGAGAUAUUAGAACAUAGGUGAUCUCUUUUGAAACUCUUAAGUAAAAGUAAUGCUUCUAUGUUAAUCUGUUAGUUAUAUAAAUAAAACAGUUGGAGUAAAAGGAUAACAUUGUAAAAUGAAAACCAGACUUUCAUUCCUAAUGUUUUGAAAAUUUUAGACUUUAUGUUAAUUAGUGGUUAUUUAUUCAUUGUCUGUAUGUUAAUAUUUAACUUUUAGACUUAAUAGCUGUAUACCAAUAUUUUUUUUAUAUUUCCACAUAACUCUAUUAUUCCUGUAGGAUUUUUUUACUUUUUCAUUUAUUUUAUUUUUAAAUUAAAUGCUGUUUUUAAAUGUAGAGUUAAGUUUCUGUAAAAUCACAUUAAUUAUAUUUUUUUUGAAUAUUUUGACUUUAAUGUUUUGAAAUGAGCUCAGUCUUGUUAUUGCUAUGAUCAUGUUAAACUGAUUCCACUGACAUUAUGAAGGUGGGCACAUUGUUUAGAUGUGAAACAACUGUUUUUUUUUGUAAAUAUUUUUUUUUAUUAACACAUUCCUAAAGAAAUGUUUUAGAGUUGAAGUAUUUCAUAAUAACUUUGUUUACAUAGCAUCUUGCACCCUGCAUGCAUACAUAUGUGUGUACGUUUUUUUAAAAAUUUUCUCUCUGAAUAUAUUAAUGGUGCCAUUCACGAUUACAGUUAAUGCAUGCAGUCUUUACAACAAUACACUAAUUAUCUGGAGUUGAGGAUAAAGAGUUUAGAAAGGUAUUUUUAUGAUUGCUGGUUGGGCUAAAAUUUGUUUUAGUUUAUAAAUAUUAACCCUAAGAGGGUCACUAGUAGAAUAACUUAGAUGAUAUAUGUAUUGCCCUGCUUGAGAUCAUAGAAAAACCUAUUUUAAAAAUAUUUGAUACUUUACUUCUUUGUGGGUUUGAGGCACAUUUUAAAUUUCAAUGGUUUUUUUUUUUAAACCCAUUAACAUUGAGAUCUUGAAGAAGAGAUAAAACAUUUUUAUUAAUGACUAUAACUUGUUUGAUAUGUGUUGUGGCCUGUGAUUUAUUGCAGUAUUUUCUGGAAUGUUCUUGUCAUGCCAGUAACACAAACACAUUGUUAACCCUCUCAGGACAGCUACAACAAAAAGUAAUACAUUUGUCAUUCAUUGAAACAUACUCAGAUUUUUUAAAAUUGUAAGCUGUUUAAAUAUAGUGCUAGAAAUCUGCUAAACAGAGUAACUAGAAGAAAUGAAACAAUUAUUGUUAUACUUCGAUUUUUAAAUUUUCAAAUACUUUUUGCUCGAAAUUGUACUUUUUAUUCUACAUGGCAAGCAUUUAUUUAAAACUUACACAUUCUAGUUUUUAAAAAUAUUUCUUAAUAUAAAUUAUUUAACAUGUAUUUUUGAAAUUUUGUAAGAAAAAUUUGCAAUGCAUAGUGGUGUGUGCAUUUUCUUUUUAAAAAAAAAAACAAACUUUUUGAAUUUAUAUUUGGGAUAUUGUACCGAUAUAAUUAAUACAAUGAAUUUAGAUGUGGUAUUCUUAUUCUGCUUGUAAUCAGUGUAUUCUAAUGAACAUGUGACGACAAAUUAACAGAUUAACCAACCAACACUUUUAUACCCCCC